AUGGUGUCACAACAGGGCAAUCACACUUUCUCCUCACAGAAUAAAAUUACGCGCAACGGCAGCAGUAUAUCUUCAUCAAAAUCUCGAAAACUGAUGGAUAUCACAAACACAACAAAUACCAUAAAUGGCUCGAGACCUUCGUCUACGAAAAAUCCAUUCCCGUCUCCAUCCCUAAGGAAUUCCCUCCUACCUUCGUCUCGGUCCGGUUCGUUGAACAUCAACAUAAACAAAAUUAAAGAUCUCAAAGAUCGCCAGGAUAAAAUACGAGCUCAAAGACAUACGCUCAAGACUCAAUUGAUCGAAUGCGAAAGAGAAAUCAAAACUAUUAAGUUCAGGGAUUUAAGCAAAUUCAAAUUCGAACUUUACAAGAAAAAAUCCAAACACGCGAAUUAUCUCAAACAGAUCAAAGAAUUGACCCAAAUUUUAAAUUCUAAAGACAAUGAACGUGACGGUCUAAUCAAUAAAAACAAAUCAGAUUUGUCAGGUUUGCAAAUUCAACUGGACCACAAUCUGUCCUCAAAAAAGCACGAGUUUCGUGAAUCAUACAACCAGAAACUCGCUCUUUGGGAGAAUGAGUUACAAGUAAUGGAAAAUUUCGAGCCUGAUCACGAAAUCACUAAAGAAAUAUCCCAUUUAAAGAAAGUGCUCCAAGAGCUUGACGAAAACUGGGAAAAUUUGCAAAGGCAGAAUUUAGAAAAACAAGCAAAUCACGAAUCACAGUUGAAGAAGGAUUUUAAUGCCUUCAAAGAAGGAAAAUUGAAAUCUAUUGAUAGUCUAACUAAUAAAAAUAAUGAAUUGCUUUCACAGGUGACCGUUCUGCAAUCAGAAACUGCAAAACUAAACGAAGAAAUCACACAUAUAGACACGCAAACUCAAGACUCACAACAACAAUUCUCACAAAUAAAUAAAUCUUUGACUCAUUUAGAAGCGGAAAAUAACCCACUGGUAAACCAAUCUUUGAAGAACUCCCUGGAGUUAGAACAUUUACAACAGCAAAUGGAAAACUUGAAAGAAAUUGCCUCUCAACAAGAAAAAUCAUAUAAUGAUACUUACAACACAGUGGAAAGAGAAUUACUGAGAAGUAGAAAACUCGAAAACUCUAUUAUCGAACUGAAGGGUACAAUGCGUUGUUACGCCUAUGUCAUGGAACAAAAUUUGCCUGAAAAUCUCUUGUUUGAUUAUGAAAAUGGCACAAUAAUCAGGAGCUUAAGUGAUCAUGUUUACAAAUUCGAUAGAGUAAUACCGCAUCUAAAAGUUUCCGAAGAUAAAUUUUUCUCUCAAGAAUAUAGUGUCUACCACGAUAUAUGCUUAAAGCAAAAGAAAAAUUUCAAUCUAAUUUCUUUAAGUUCGACUCCGUACGGUUCAUUACGAGAGUCCUUAAUAAAAUUCCUAACAGAUAAAGACACGAUAUACCAAAAACAGUAUAUUAUCACUUUACAAUUUGUGUUUCUAUCAGAUGAUGAAUUUUCACAGGACAUGCUAUUAGAUUACUCUCAUCAUGACAAAGACAGUAUAAAGUUGAAAUUUGAAAAAAACUCAAUUUCCCUGGAUUCCAAACUCGUCAUCAUAGAAAAUGGGAUCGAAGAUUUACCCUUGAAUUUCAACUGUGAUGACCAUCCGAAUUUGCCUCAUUCCGGAAUGGGUAUAAUUAAGGUGCAGUUUUUCCCGCGAGAUUCAAAACAUAAUGACAAGGUUGAGCCUAUGCCCAUUGAUUUUUAUUUCAUUGAAUUAAACAACUUGAAAACCAUUGAACAGUUUGAAAAGAAUGUUUUCAAAAAGGAAUCAUGCGACACCCCAAUUGCACUCGUUUUGAAAAAAUUGAUUUCUGAUACUAAAUCCUUUUUCCUGUUGAAUUUGAAUGAUACGAAAAAUGUCAGUAAACUGCUAACCAUUUCGGAAAAAAUCCAAUCCAUUAACCAUCUCUCUAAGAAGAAAAGAAAGUCCAUAUGA